AUGGCUACCGCGUCUACAGAUAACGAUACUUUCGAGCUGGCAGAGGCUUACAGCACGAUGAACGAGCCCCAGUUCAAGUUCGGCCUCAAGAUGCUCGAACAGCUAGACAUUCAAAACGGGAUGGUGGUGGUGGACGUCGGCUGCGGCACGGGCGAACUCGCACUCCACGUCGCCGAGCGCUUCGGGUGCAAAGUCAUUGGCGUCGAUCCCGAGGACAAGCGCAUCGAGAUCGCGAAAAAACGCGCGCAGGAGAAGGGCUGCGCCAACGUCGAUUUCCACGUGUGCAGCGCCGAGGACCUUGACGGCCUGUUAGAAGGCGAGGUGGACGUCUUCUUGUUGAGCUCUGUCCUCCACUGGCUCAGCGACCCGGUUGUCGUGCUCGAGGCCAUGCGCAAACGCUUGCGCGUCGGGGGGCGGGUCGGGAUCACCACCACAGUCGCCGGAGCGAGCGUGUCGUCGCCGAAGGCCGACGCGCUCUCCGUGCCGCCUUUCAAUGCGUUCACUCCGACCUACUUAUCCACGUCGUUCUCGGAGGAACGACUUCGCGAGAUCUUUGCUGGGGCAGGGUUCGCUCAUCCGUCCAUCACCCUCUUGCGCAUGCAUCUGGCAUUUGACAACGUAGACGCCUUGCUGUCCUGGAUCAGCGCUAGUUCGUUUGGAAACUUCUGGCGCCUCGAUCACAUACCGGAAGCCCUCCACGAAGAAGCCAAGAAGGCGAUCGACUUGGAGUUGACUAAGAUUUGGGGGACGCAAUUCUUCCUCAGGGGCGAUUUUUAUGUAGACAUUCUCGUUAGGCUGUCAGGGACUCUGGAGGAUCAGGUUGCCAUUCUGCGGCGCAUCGACGAGCGCCAAAAUGCUUCAGACGCGUCGAGGCAGCACCCCAUUACGGAGGUCCUCGCCACGAUCACCAGUGCCUGGAAUGCGCUCCUCCGGUCGACGCUCACGGAGACGAUCCAGCCCAAGGUGGAGCGGUGGAGGAGCGGGCUGGAUGCGCUGUUAGUCUUUAUGGGUCUGUUUUCAGGCAUCGUCACAUCGUUCUUCGUGCCAUCUCUGUCGUCGCUGCAGGAGGACCCGGCUGUGCGUAUGAAUGCGCUCCUGGCCAACCUGACCGACGUCGUCGUCGCUCUGAACGGCGUCCCGCCCGCCUCUCUGAUGCUGGCUCAUCCGCACCCGCUCAAACUCGACCCAACAGCUGUGCGGCUCAAUUCGUAUUGCUCUCUCUCUAUCGCUGCGCUCGCGGUCGCCUGCCGCGGCCUGCUCAACACGACGUCGUACUCCCACUUCAGCAACCCCGCCGAGAAGCUGAUCGACAUUCGCACGCGCUGGGCGUCCUCGGAGCGGUUUCUCGCGCCGACGAUCGAGCUGCUGCCGCAGAUUCUCGUCCUCCCGGUGCUGCUCUUCAUCGCCGGGCUGCUCGACACGCUCUUCUCCAACGUGCUGCAGCUUUCCCCCGUUCCCAUCCCCACCCUCUCUACAUCGGGCGCCGCGCUGCUGUUCACCGCCGGCGUCGCCCCGCUCCCACUAUGGACCCUCGCACGGCGUAGCCUCAAUCCAGCCGGGUCCCUGGGCCUGCGGCGCUGUGCCACGGCGGCGGACUCGCUCUCGGACCAAGCGCCCGCGGUGUACCACGCCGCCGUGCAAGCGACGCACGACGACGCGGCGCUGGACGAGGCGUCUGCCUCGCUGUACCAGAUCAUCCGGGCCGCGGUGCAGAUCAUCAUCUCCCGGGUCCACGACGCGAGUCGGCUGCAGUACUCUGCUGCGGCCAUGUGUGCGCUUGUUCCCGCCUUCAUCGACGCGGCCCGGCGGGAGCCGCGGGCCGACUUGUGGUCUCCGCCGUUCUCUCGUGCCAUGGCGAUCGUCGCGAAUGCAGGAAGCGUCGUAGACGCCUAUCCCCCGGUUCUGUGCAUCAUGACGUCCGAGUACAUCGACAACUUGGCCGUGCGCAGCAAGACCAUUAAGCUGCUGGUGGAGGUGCUGUUCACGAGAGUUGUCGAGGACGGUGACGCGGCUCUGGCUUUCCACGUAGCCGGUCGCUCGAUCGGCAAGGCAAAUACCGGGCCCAUCAAUCCCGCCCGCAUCCUCGUCUCGCUGCUGUGCUUCCCACACAAGAACACCCCGGCGCUCGAGACCCCCCUGCGGUGGCUCAUCUCGUGCGCAGGCCCCGCAGCGGCCAUCCGUGCCGCGCAGACGCUCGUGGACGGUGUCGCGAGUGCGGAUGUGUGGACGGUCUUGCUGUUCCACGUCGUCUGCAUGCUCGGCAGGAUGUGUCUCAGUCUCCCGCCCGGUGACCAGGAGACGCACGCGCAGGUGGCGCAGCUGUGCGCCUCGUCGCUGCGCAAGAUAGCGCUCCAGCACCAGUUCCAUCCGCUGAUCUCGGCCCUGCUGGGCGUCGUGGCACAACCGGUGGAUGCCCUCGGCGUGCUCAGCGCGCCAGUCGAAAGCGAUAUUUUUUUGGGGGCUUCUCUCCGAACGCUGUGGUCGGGAUCGGUUCCCGCGCGUCAUCCUCGUGGGCGGUGGACUCAAAAUGACUCUAACUGA